CCCCGAGAACUCGGUGACGUAGGCAGGUCCACAGCGCCGGUGGCUGUGGUCAGGUGCGGGACACCAUCUUGCUGGACGCGCCGUGGAGCUGGAAGCACGUGCCACGUCGAUCGCUGCGCCACCUUGAGACGCCACCAGCGACCUGCACCGCGGCCGGCGGCGGCUGUAGACGCAGAGCGAGCGAGCGCGAGAUGUGCACGCGACACACAGGGGGCAGGGCAGGGCACUGGGACCGUGGGGAGGGGCGGCCCACUGCUCCUUGGCUCGGCCCUCUUGACCACCCAGCCUUGCCCACCAUUGCCCACCCACCCCGAGUAGUUGACACCACGCGCCCCGCUCAUCUCGCACUUUGAUCAUCUGGGUGUGUGACUCCCACCCCUGUCCCCACCCCACACAAAGCAGACUCACCAGUCUUCUCCUCACACCACUUGGCAGAGAGUGAGGUUGUCAGUCAGGUCACGUGACUAAGUCUUCACUUCAUUUCGAGGUUUCAGCGCCGGACACGAUGUUGUGUGCUUGUUUAUUUGUGGGCGCGUGUAGAGGCAUGCGCGUGCCGAGUGUGGGCCUGAGUGAGAUGGAGGCUGCCCCGUCCUCACAAUGAUUUGUGUCCCCAUCUCUGUAUUAACAUCAGGGUGGCACAACUUACUGCUUGCUGUUAGCCAAUCUGUGGUGAGUUGUGCCGGCUUGGUGUUGCCACAUCUGUCACACGCUAUUCAGCCAUGGUAUGCCGUCACACUUGGCGACAUCUGUUUCUUUGACCAGCGUGACUGCUUGUGAUGACUGUGUGACACUAAUGAGGCUAGAGUCUGUGUCUGCUGCUGUUUGCUACACUUCUGCCUGGGCUGUGUCUGGCUAAAAGUUGAAACAUCGGAGAUCCAUUACCCACAGAAAACACACAAGCUGAGCGGAUCAAGAUCCAUCCACUGCCCACGACACAUGCAAGCGACGUGUGGACAAGCUGCUGCUGACCUUUAACCUAUUCUACGAAGAACGGUCAUACAGCAACAACUUUCACUUCAAACCGGAAGACAGAAGCUGUGUUGCUGGGGUCGGGGUCGGGGUCUGUGUCACACACAAAGGCUGCGUGUGUAGCAACACCGAUGAUCGAACCUGAAACCUCCGAUAGCCAUCACUGGAGGGUCCAGUAGGAGGGAGUGACUGGGGCUCUUCACUCCGGAGCAAGUUUCAUUCAGUAUCCGAUGGCAUCAGCAAGGGUCUAGCUGUCCACCAUUGCUUCCUUCACUGGAAGAGGAGACGGCCUCUGUUGCACCUUCUGUGACUACUCUUUGACUUGCUCACACACAGGCUGGUGAAGAUCUUCAAAUAUCAACAAGUACAAUUGUAGUUUACACCAACUUCAAAGCAACAAGUGACAGUUAAACAAGGUUUUUUCAGCUAGAGUUGUGCCCCCUGUAGUUUUAGAUGCCCUGGAUGUUUGUCUCCCGUCUUAUUGCUAACACUACAAAUGUGAUUGGUAGAGAAAAUACACAGUCACCACUGUACUUGCUGCUAAUGAUGACAGCGUGAGCAACAGACCAUGUUUACAGCAACAUCCAGCAACAACCAUUCAGUUGUAGAGCUUGCGGCGUGCAGCAGUUGCCCCCGCGACAACAAGACAACAAACACAUUCGCCGCUAGGUGUCGGUGUCAGGACACAGCUACAGGCGUUGGUCUGAGGACAAGGAGGUGGUGGUGUGUGAUGCCCACCUGCCAAUGACAUCACGUGGGCCUGGUGGUACCUCAACAUCACUGGGCGCCAACAGUUCGUGACUUUUGACCCCGCCUGUAUCGUGACACUGGCCGCCAACUAAAUCGUGACAGAUUCUUGAGGGAGAGGGAGGUAAGCAUGCGGCCUAGCGUGUGCCUCCAUCUGGUGGCCUGCGUCUGGACCAUGGUCAUGCGGGUACAAGGGGAGACAACUGCCACCCCCAGCGACUGUGUGGACGGCGCGUGCGUUUGUGAGUGGUUGGGCGGUGAGCUGCACGUCAACUGCACUAAACCAGGGACACUGACGUCACUGCCGGACAUGGGAGACAGCAGAAGUAACGUCACUGAGCUGUGGAUAGAGAAUCAAGCUGCUCUGAAGACUUUGGAUCUCAAGUUCCUCAGGACCUUUGGUCAACUUAGGACACUGACAGUCCGCCAUUCUGCUGUGACCCUGGUGUCUACCGAUGUCUUGUCAGCCUCACCACAACUACAACACUUAGACCUGGACUCAAACAAGCUGCAGUGGAUACCAUGGACUCUGGGAGAAAGCCCACAUCUCAAAUACUUGUCGUUGCUAGGUAACCCCCUUCAGUGCAGCUGCAGUGUUCGCUGGCUUCAGCGGCUGCUGUCCUCCCGUCAGGACCGACUGACGGUGAGUCACGGCGACACCACCACCUGCCUGACAUCCACCGGCAGCCCCAUGCCUCUCAGCCACGUCCGCCUCACGCAUUGUGACACCAUGCAGGUGCACGUCAGCCAAACGUCUGUAGAGUUGUCUCCCGGGGAUGACGUGUCACUGGUGUGCGACUCCAACCACAGUGACGUCACGCCGUCGUUAAUGUGGGAGACCCAUAGCCUGACAUCUCGCCUGCACAUUUCUGCUGUGGACAACGGCUCGCUGCUGCUGAGGGUUGAAAAUGUGACCUUAGCCGACCACUACGUCAACGUCACGUGCUUUGCCUAUAGUUGGGUGGACUACGUCAAGCUGAGUGUCAGGCUUCACGUCAAACACGCUCCACACAUACUGAGUCUCAUCAAGAAGAAAAGAGACGAUGACAGUGAGACCUGCCUUUGCUACGAUGUCGCUGGUUGGCCGUUGCCACAGGUCACGUGGCUACACAAUGGCGUGCAGGCGGAGAAGGAGAAGGAGCAGCUGUGGCGAGACGAGCACCGACUCAGCAAGGAGGGGCGGCUGGAGGGAGGGCGCAUGCUGCUGUACCGCGUGCUGACCCUGGAGGGCGAGUACACGCUGAUCGCCACCAAUGCCCUCGGCCAGGACGUCGCCAACAUCACCGUGUCCUUCCCUGCACUCUACAAAGGUCCUCGAGUCAAUACCUCAUACUUUCCUGGACCUUACAAAGACAGCAGCAUUAAAAUGCCUUCCGACAAACCAGAGCCAAACAAGUUGUCUGUGCCCUGGGGAGCACCAGACCUGCCUGCAGUGCCCAGAGCCCCUGCGGGCAACAGCAGCAGCACGCAUGCGCAGAUGAAACCUCCGCUGAGUGUUGACACAAUGUACAUCGUCAUCGCUCCUUGCGUUGCUGCUCUCGUCAUCAUCGUUCUCACGCCUCUCAUCGUCAUUCGCAUCAGACGACGGAAACUCGCGCGCCAGACGGGAAACUGUCGAAGCCGCCGCAAGCUGCCGACGCCAGGUGCCAAGACAGAGAGCAGACAACGAGAAGCCAUGCCUCUGACGGGCUUGUACCUGGUGGACAACCCCAACUACGACGACACGUCCGCCCACAAGCUGUCUCACUCCAGCAGCAUUCGCAACAUUAAGCUAGAAACCAUCCUCUUCAUCCGGGUGCUGGGGGAGGCGUUUGGAAGGGUGUACCUGGGCACGUGCACGCACCUCUUCAAGGGGGAGAUCACGCUGGUGGCAGUGAAGACGCUGAAGGGGGAGCCGAGUGACGUCACGAGGGCGGACUUUGAGCGCGAGGCGGAGCUGCUGUCGGGCCUGCAGCACAACAACAUCGUCACCUUCUACGGCGUGUGUACGGAGGGCGACACACUCAUGAUGAUCUUCGAGUUCAUGGAGAACGGAGACCUCAACAACUACCUCAGGAGUCACGGUCCGAUGCUACGCUACACGCCAGUCUCCGCCAACGUCUACAGCAGCAGCAGCAACAACAACACCCGCAUCCUCUGCUACAAGACCAUUCAAUGCUCCACCAACACGUGCACCACGUCCACAGACAGAAUGACGUCAUCGAGAGCCACCUGCACGUGGUGGAGCUGCUGCACAUCGCUAACCAGGUAUCGGCAGGGAUGGAGUACCUGGCCUCUCAGCACUUCGUUCACCGGGACUUGGCCACCAGGAACUGCUUGGUGGGGGACAAGCUCAAGGUCAAGAUCGGGGAUUUCGGCAUGUCACGUGACGUCUACAGCACAGACUACUACCGGGUAGGGGGGACGGCCAUGUUGCCUGUCAGGUGGAUGCCGCCAGAAAGCAUCCUGUACCGCACCUUCACAGUGGAGUCCGACGUGUGGAGCUUUGGAGUCACGCUGUGGGAGACCUUCACCUUCGGCCAGCAGCCCUGGUACG